AUGGGUCUCGUCACAUUGAAAAACCUCCUCUUCGGCCGCACACCGCCCCCGACGCGCGCCAAAUCCGCCUUCGGCCGCACCGAGAGCACAAUGUCGGAUGAGACCGUCGUUGACGGCGGCGACCUCGAGAGGCAACCCCUGCUGCGGUCCAGUGACCGGACCGUCUCGACAGCGACCAUGGCCACAACUACUUCAGAAACGUCAACCACAUCCACAAGGGUCUCAGAGAGCGACUCUCGCAGCUUCCGUCUUGACGCUCGCAUGAUCUCCGAUGCCACCAUCGGACUAUCUGACGGCUUGACGGUGCCCUUCGCCCUCACGGCCGGCCUGUCGGCGCUGGGACAGACAAAGGUCGUCAUCUUUGGCGGCAUGGCGGAGUUGAUUGCCGGUGCUAUCUCAAUGGGUCUUGGUGGCUACCUCGGAGCCAAAAGCGAAGCCGCAUCCUACAAGGAAACACGCAGCGAAUGCACCCGCCUAACCCAAGACGAUCCAGCCCUCGCCCGCGCCCAGGUCCUCGAGGUCCUCGAACCCUACGACCUCCCCAAGCAAACCCUCGAAGACGUAACAGACCACCUCUCCACCUCCCCGCGCCUCAUCGACUUCCUCAUGCAAUUCCACCACUGCGAGCAGGAACCGGCCUCCAACCGCGCCUUCGUCUCCGCCCUCACCAUCGCCGCGGGCUACCUCCUCGGCGGUCUCAUCCCGCUGUUCCCGUACUUCUUCGUCCCCGCCGAGGACGUCUACCUCGCGCUCUACAUCUCCGUCGCCGUCAUGGCCGUCGCGCUGUUUGCGUUUGGGUACGUCAAGACGUGUAUCGUUUCGGGAUGGUCGGGCUUGCGGUGCGUGAGGCAGGCUAUUGUGGGUGGGUUGGAGAUGGUUGUUGUUGGUGGUGCGGCGGCGGGUGCGGCGAUGGGGUUGGUGAAGGCUUUUGAUCAGCUGGCGCAGACUGAUGAUGUGUCGGCGUUGGCGAGCAAGAUCUUCUAA